AUGUCUGAACGUCUGAAGAAACUGUUUCAUUCACGUCGCAGACUCAACAAGACCGGGAAAACAGAAUCUGAGACAAACCAAGCGGAUGACCAAGAAGACAACCCAACAAACACUAGACCGUCUACUCAUAGCCAGCCUGCGUUCGAAUCAACCCAGUCGAUCGAGACCUCCAAGCCACAAGAUCUAUGGCAAGCUGCCUACGACCAGCUUAGUAGCGAGCAGCGCCAGGGUUGA